CACGUUUAGGACCCUCUAAGUCCAUCCUAAUUCUGCCAGUAGAAUUGAGGAUAUUGGAGCUCUAAACUUUCAAAAGGAAAGGGGCCUGCAACUCUCCAGAAAACUUACAAAUAUCCCGAGAUUUUUUACCAUUGUGUUUUUGCACCACAUUACCAAACAGUAUUUGCCAAUAAAUAAUAGAUAUGUCUUUGAGAAAAGUAUUUUUUUAACUUUAUACUUAGCAAUGCGCUGCUUAGACAGAUGGAGUAAAAGGCAGGUUUGUAUCGGCAUUUAACGGAAUGAGUGCGUUUUCCCUAACGUUUGUUGUGCCAUGUGUUUUUUUAAAAACAAACAAAACACUACCCCAACUGAGAAAGGAAGUAGAAGUUUGAAUUAAAAUGUUGUGGAACAACUUUAAAGGAGACGUUUACUUGAAAUUUAUUAGUGUAAAAAUUGGCCUCAGAAGUUAAAAGUAAGCUUUUCAAAGUUAAAAGACUUAAUUUUCACCCUAUGAUUCCAUAAUAAAAAAGCGAAUUUUCUGGUUAAUAUGUGAUACUGUCAGUGUUGAGUGUCCAGCUUUUUGGGCAUUAGUGCCCAAACCUUGCUCAAAUCUGAUUAUGAUGUGAUUUGCUGAUGUCAUGAAUAUGAAAUGAUACUUGUAUAUCCAUAAAUUCGAAGUUGUGAUUUUUUUGUUUAUUUUUCUUUUUUCUUUUUUUUUAAUCUCCCGCUUUUUUGUAGGUUCCCAGUAGCUGCAGCAGUGAAAGACAGUGAUUGGCUCCAGUGCUCCUACAAGGAUUUGGGCUGAAGCCAGGGGAACAGAACCAGAAGAGGAUUCCCUUUCCAGAGACCAUCAGGCUCCUCAUGUCUUGUCUCUCCUCUCUCCCCUCGUGGUGGCUCAGGAUUUCAGUAUGGCUGAGCAGCCCAUAGAGGCAGCUGACAUGGUCAACAAAUUUAUCAAAGAAACCCCCUGGCUUUUGAAGAAUAGUACUUUAUACAUCUGGAUCUGCACAUCAGGCAAAGCUCAGAAAUAUCCGUUUAUUCUUUUAAUCACGCGGAUGUGUCUAUUUUUGGAGGAACAAGGAAACACAUAAAUGCCUGGGUUGCAUUUAUGUUGUAGUUGCAAACACCGAACAGUUAAGAAGAUUUUGCCGAAUUUUGCAAAGCAGCCAACGAGCCGCCUUGGGAUCGUGGUAAUGCGACUGGGAGGACCCUUGCUCUCAUUUGGCAAUAUUUUGGAUAUCCUUGAAAAUGACACCAAAAUAUGCCUUAAUUUGACUAAGAAGAGGUUAAACCACAUUGAUUUUCAUCCAAAGUGAUUUUGUUAAAGCAGAUGCUUGACUUUGAUGGAAAAACUGGGAGUUGUGGAAGAUUCACCUAAACUACCAACCCAAAGCAUCACAAACCACUGAAACAGUCUGCAUCGUACAUCAGCACUUUCUUUUCAUUGUUAUUACGUAAAACCUCUGGAAGCACCUUGGGCGUUUGACAUUUUCUUUUCUUUGCUGCAGAAGGAAGCAAUCUGCUCCCUGGAAUUCUGACCUGUGGUGAACAGGACCCUGGCAAAGGCUUUGCUGGGGACUCUUGGACGAUCCCGCCUCCAAUCCAGUACGGUUAAUUGUGGAAAAGUGUACACAUUUCUGGCUUAUCUAUGCUUUGUUAUGGGUCUGACGUGAAACUACCUCCUCCCCACCCCACCCCCCAGCAGAGAACCGAAAUCCAGUUGAAUUGUUACAGUGUUUCAGAGCUGGAGCCUUGAACUGCUUCCCUGGUCAAAUAACUUUGUUUCUGGUUGUAAAAAGGCAUUUCAGGGGGGGAAAAAAAAAAGGAAAAUCGAGAGAAAUUCCAAACGUAAGUCCGCACUGGGGUGGUUCACGGGGCGGGUUUAACUUUGGAGCUCCUAGCCGGUCUUCUUCCCCACUCCUGUAAGGGAAAUACCAGGCUAUUCUGCACAUUUUCGCUUAAGCUCCAUUUUCCAAAAGGAAAAGGGGGUGGGGUAUAUCUCUUUCGGCUUGAUAAUGUUUUUUAAAUGCUUUUCUUUGAAAUGAUAAUAGCUGUAUCGGUAAAAUGCAAAUAAAGGAAAAAAUAGGCAGUAUUUCUUUAAAGGCGAAUAUACGGUGCGGUUUUUUUUUUUGGUUUUUUUUUUUUGGUUUUUUUUUUCUUCCUUAACCGUACACACACUGCUUCUGAUGAAGUCUGUGAGUCAGGCUGUUUCUGAGCUCCGAUAGUUUAAUGGAAAGAUUUAUAUACCGACUGUAUUAUUUACUUUGGGAGGGGAGGUGGCAGUAUAAGGGUAUGCUAAUUAGUGGGAGAUUUUGGGGGGAAGGGGUGGAAUAUCAAUUUUUAUUGCAUCACCUGUCAGGAGUGUCCAAUCAGCGCUGGCUUUAGGGGAAUUAAUUGAUGAAGGUGUCUCCGGACGAGCUCACUUCACUCUGUCAUUUUAUUUGUAGCUAAAGCAGCGGCGGGAAUAGCAGCUGCAUUUCUUUUCUCUUUCUCCCUUCACAUUCCAUUAUCAUAGUGCUCCAAUGGAGAAGGAAGGAAUAGAGGGGCCCAGGUACUGAUCUGCAUCGGGGACUCAGACCAACACACUGGCAGAUCAGAAACCGGAUGGUUUUUUCCCUCUUUUUUAAAAAAACGAAAACAACAACAACAAAAAAGCAAGAAUCAAGUCAGUGUAAUUUCAUGGGGUUUCCCCCCCCCCAAUAAUUUCGCCUAGAGUUUGGCACUUCCUUCGCCGGGAAUAACAGUCUUUGUUAUUUUAUUAGCAGGAUGCCUUGAGACACACGCAGCAUCUGGCGGAGGAUUAACAUACAUACAUGUGUAUGUAUGCGUCACGUAUAUAUUUACUGCAAAUGGUGGGGAUCAUUUAGUGCCCGAGAUGGGAGACCUGAAGUCAGGUUUUGAAGAGGUGGAUGGCGUGAGGCUCGGCUACCUCAUCAUUAAAGGGAAGCAAAUGUUUGCCCUCUCCCAAGUCUUCACAGAUCUGCUGAAAAACAUCCCGAGGACGACCGUGCACAAGCGCAUGGAUCAUCUGAAAGUGAAGAAGCACCACUGCGAUCUGGAGGAGUUGCGGAAACUCAAGGCAAUCAACAGCAUCGCCUUCCACGCAGCCAAAUGCACACUCAUCUCCCGGGAAGACGUGGAAGCUCUCUACACCUCCUGCAAAACCGAGCGCGUCCUCAAGACCAAGCGCAGGCGGGUCGGCCGGGCCCUGGCCACAAAGGCGCCGCCGCCAGAGCGCGCCGCCGCCGCCAGCCCCCGCCCGGGAUUUUGGAAGGACAAGCACCAACUUUGGCGGGGCCUGAGCGGAGCCGCGCGGCCCCUGCCAAUCAGCGCGCAGUCCCCGCGCCCGGGCGCCGCCGCCGCGCGCCCCGCCGCCCAUCUACCUCAGAUUUUUAGCAAAUACCCCGGCUCGCACUACCCGGAGAUCGUGCGUUCGCCCUGCAAACCCCCUCUAAACUAUGAAACUGCCCCGCUCCAGGGAAACUACGUCGCCUUCCCCUCGGACCCGGCUUAUUUUCGGAGCCUGCUGUGCAGCAAGCACCCGGCCGCCGCCGCCGCCGCCGCCGCUGCCGCCGCCGCCGCCGCCGCCGCCGCUGCCGCCUACUACCAGGCAUCCGCGGCCGGGCCCCAGCCCAAGGCAGCGGCGGGCGCCAGAGGCCCGGGAAGCCUGAGCUACCGCUGCAAACGCAAGCGCGGCGGCACCAAGGACUGCUUGCUCGCGCCCCACGCCGGCGCGCGGCGCCUGCUGCUGCUGCCCAGGUCCUACAAAGCCAAGGCGGCCGCGGCGGCGGCGGCGGCGGCGGCGGCGGCUGCGGCUGCCGCCGGGGCCACUUGCCUGGAGAGGUUUCAUCUGGUCAACGGUUUCUGCCCGCCUCCGCACCACCACCACCACCACCACCAUCACCACCACCACCACCACCACCGGGCCCAGCCGCCGCAGCAGAGUCACCACCCCCCUCACCACCACCGGCCGCAGCCCCAUCUGGGCAGCUUUCCCGAGAGUUGCAGCAGCGACUCCGAGUCCAGCUCCUACUCGGACCACGCGGCCAACGACUCGGAUUUUGGCUCCAGUUUGUCCAGUUCCAGCAACUCUGUGUCCUCGGAGGAAGAGGAGGAGGAGGGAGAGGAGGAGGAGGAAGAGGAGGAGGAGGAGGAGGGGGGCAGCGGGGCCUCGGAUUCCAGUGAAGUCAGCUCGGAGGAGGAGGACUCGUCCACCGAGUCGGACUCCAGCUCCGGCUCCAGCCAAGUGUCAGUGCAGAGCAUCCGAUUCAGGCGUACCAGCUUCUGCAAGCCUCCCAGCGUGCAGGCGCAGGCCAACUUCUUGUACCAUCUGGCCUCCGCCGCCGCUGCAACCAAACCCGCUGCUUUCGAGGAUGCCGGCAGACUUCCCGACCUCAAGAGUAGUGUCAAAGCGGAGUCGCCGGAGGAGUGGAAUCUGCAGAGCUGGGCCCCCAAAGCGUCUCCGGUGUACUGCCCGGCCAGCCUGGGGAGUUGUUUCGCAGAGAUAAGGAACGAUAGGGUAUCUGAGAUUACAUUCCCACACUCUGAAAUUUCCAAUACUGUAAAGAGAACUGACCUGACAAUUAACUGCCUGGCAGAGGGGGCCUCUUCACCUAGCCCAAAGACAAACAAUGCAUUUCCACAACAAAGAAUACUCCGGGAGGCUAGGAAAUGCCUACAAGCAACUCCUACUACACACUGUGCAGAUAACAACACAAUAGCUGCUAGGUUCUUAAAUAAUGAUUCUUCAGGAGCAGAAGCAAAUUCAGAAAAAGAUUCCAAAAUCCUUCAUUGUCCUGAAUUUGCUACGGAUUUGCCCUCUUCGCAGACUGAUCCUGAAGUGAACGCUGCAGGAGCAGCAGCAACUAAAGCCGAGAAUCCCUGCACUGACACAGGUGACAAGACAUUGCCAUUUCUGCACAACAUUAAAAUCAAAGUAGAAGACAGUAGUGCUAAUGAAGAAUAUGAACCUCACCUUUUUACAAAUAAGCUAAAGUGCGAGUGCAAUGAUACAAAGGGUGAGUUUUACAGUGUGACUGAGAGUAAAGAGGAGGACGCCUUGUUAACCACAGCCAAGGAAGGUUUUGCAUGCCCUGAAAAAGAUACUCCUUCCUUAAAUCCACUGGCUCAAAGUCAGGGCCUUUCAUGCACUUUAGGUUCUCCAAAACCUGAGGAUGGGGAAUAUAAAUUUGGUGCCAGGGUAAGAAAAAAUUACCGGACACUAGUACUGGGAAAGCGACCUGUCCUUCAGACACCUCCAGUCAAACCAAAUUUGAAAUCGGCUAGAAGCCCUCGUCCUACAGGUAAAACUGAGACACAUGAAGGAACACUGGAUGAUUUUACAGUUAUAAACAGACGCAAAAAGGUAGCCAGCAAUGUAGCAUCAGCAGUGAAAAGGCCAUUUAAUUUCAUGGCAAAUUUUCCUUGUCCACCAUCACUCAUUAUUGGGAGAGAUGGGGACUUGUGGCCGGCGUAUUCCUUAAACACCACUAAGGAUUCUCAAACUCCUCACAAGGCCCAUCCUAUAUGGAAAUGGCAGCUGGGCGGUUCUGCAAUACCUCUUCCACCUAGUCACAAAUUCAGGAAAUUUAAUUCAUAAAAAUGUUUUGGAAGAUAUUUUCUUGAAGCAUAUUACCUUCCUUUUGUUGUAAACUGCACAGGAUGGUUUGUACAAGUCCGUUAAUGUGUUACACCCCAUUUGGAGUCCUGGUUUAUCGCAUUUUGAAGACAGAAAUCGAUUAC